AUGCAGAACCAAGAACAUUUGCUACAAGAGAUUGAAGGCAUCGAUGAUUACUGGGGCCCGACUUUCCGAGCCAUAUACGACCAAGAUGACGACAGCCGCAAAUUCAUUGACACUUUGGACAACCGCAUCAAGCAGUACGACAAAGAAAUCGAACGUAUGUGCAAUUUCUAUUAUCAAGGUUUCAUAGAUUCUAUCAGAGAAUUGCAGCAAGUGGAAAACCAAGCAUCUAAAUUAAAAAAACAAGUUGUUCAACUGAAUUCAAAUGUACAAACUAUUGUUGCUGAGGUCACCAAUGCUGGCGAAGAAUUGGUUAAAGCCAGACAGGUGGAGAAUAAUAUUCAAUUGGCUAUUAAUAGCUUAUCUUUAUGUUUGCCUGCACUUUCUUCAUACAGUAAAUUACAAAAGCAAAUGGCUGACAAACGCUAUUAUCCUGCGCUGAAAACAUUAGAACAACUUGAACAAUUAUAUUUGCCUCAAGUAUCACAUUAUAAAUUUUUUAGACAAAUGAUAGAAAAAAUUCCUAAGCUUCGAGAAAAUAUCAAAGAAUCAUCCAUGUCAGAUUUAAAUUGUUUUUUAGAAACCAUAAGAAAAUUUUCAUCAAAAGUUGGUGAAGCUGCAAUGAAGCAUAGUGUUGAACAACAAAACUUUGAUUUUGGCUUAACUAAAUUAAAGAAGAAAAAAGAUUCACCAGAAGAUAACUCUGACGAUGAAGAUUCAUUGAGUGCGCAAGAUCUUAUUGAUUUUUCACCUGUAUACCGUUGUCUUCAUAUUUGUACUGUAUUGUCUUCACGAGACACUUUCGACGCUUAUUAUAGGCAACAAAGAAGAGAACAAGCACUUUUAACUCUACACCCUCCUAACAACAUGCACGAAUCUAUUUCAAGCUACUGCUAUUAUUUACAGUGCAUUGUAGGAUUUUUCGUUGUAGAAGAUCAUGUAUUAAACACCGGUAAUGGAUUGUUGACAAGACCUUAUUUGGAAGAUUUGUGGAAAAUGGCUUCUGAUAAGGUUGUUAGCAUAAUGAGAACAAAUACUGCGUACUGUACAGAUGCAAAUUUACUCUUAAGAAUUAAAGAUUUAAUUAUGGUAUUUUGCAUAACUCUUAGAAGUUAUGGAUAUCCUGUUAAAAACUAUAUGGAAUUAUUACAUGAAAUACAAGAACAUUACAACGAAAUACUUAUGCAAAAAUGGGUUCAAGUGUUUAGGGAUAUUUUAUAUAGAGAAACUUUUUGUCAUCUUGAGGUUGAUAAUCAAGAUCAAUAUGAUAAUGUUGUACGAACUUUUCCUUAUCAAGAUGAUCAAUUAGAAUCCUCAAAAUUUCCUAGGAAAUUUCCAUUUUCUUCAAUGGUGCCUAGUGUUUAUGAUCAAGUAAAACAGUUUAUAUUUGCUUGUCUAAAGUUUUCCAAUGACCUAAAUUUUAGUGAAGGCGAAGUAGAUGAAAUGGUUCAAAAAUCUACCAAAUUGCUACUAUCUCGAACUUUUAGUGGAUGCUUAUCAUCUGCAUUUCAUCAACCACGACUUGGUCUUUUACAAGUAAUACAGAUUAUUGUUGACACUGGAUAUUUGGAAAAAUCAUCAAAAUCAAUUCAACAAUUUGUAUCGGAAGCUACUGGAUCUACUGGUGGUACUGUUGGUGAUGAUGCAGGCAUAACAUUGGGUGUGGCCAGAAAUGAUGCUGAACAUCACAUGUAUGAUAAAAUGAAAUUAAAAUUAAAUGAAUUUUUAGAUUUAGAAGACUAUGAUUGGAUGUUAGUCGAACCAACUGGUCAAGCUUCCUCAUUUGUUACUGACUUAAUAAACUUUCUACGAGUUGUUUUUAAUGCAUUAAGAAAUCUUACUGAAGAAGUGUCUGUGCAUGUGUGUCAAGUAGCAUUUGAACACAUAUCAAAAUCUAUAUUAAAUUUAUUACUCAGUGAUGAUAUUAAACAAUUAUCGAUGGGUGCCUUAAAUCAAUUGAAUCUAGAUGUUAUACAAUGUGAACUAUUUGCUGCAUCAGAGCCUGUUGGAAAAACUGAUGAACCAGAUUUUUCUCAACAUUUUGCACCAUUGAGACAACUUUUGGACUUACUUCUGAGUUGGGAUUGGUCAACCUACUUUCAUGAUUAUGGUCAAGAAACGUCAAAAUAUUCUCAUGUUAAACCAACUACAGCCAUUAUUGUUUUAGAAAAAUUAAAAGAAGCUGAUAAAAAAAGUGUAUUUUCAGUAUUAAAGAAAAGUGAAAGAGAUAAAAAGAAAUUAUUAGAAACUGUUUUAAAACAGUUGAAGCAAUUAGCAAUAACUGUUCAGCAAUAA